GUUCGGCAAAGCGUUGGCAUCUGUGGCUGUCGUCUCCUUCAUUCUACUGGGAGAGCAAAUCUUACCACUAGACUCUAGCUGGGCCAAGAUCCUCAAAGAUAUCCUACUAUUGAUAGAAAGGCGUUGGCAUGUCGAGACAGCGGGUCUGAGAGCUACCAGCUGCCAAAUAGAUAAAGUUUUAUUGUUAUCUUCUACAAGAUCUCGAUUAUUUCAAGAAUUCUGGCUUUCUCGGUUUUGUGUUCUUCAGACAGCUGUAGCUAUAGCUGCUCAAGCAUCAUCAUUUCACAAUGCUUCGAUCCACCACCCGUCUACAAAGGGCUUCUGCUGAUAUCCUUCCUGCCACCAAGAAUGCGUCUUUCAGAAGGAGAUUGUCUUCGCCACUGCCGCCAUUGAGACACCCACGACGUGCAUUCAGCGUUGUCUCGGCUCCCUAUCAACAACAUCAGAGGGAGGAGAGCACACAUGCUUCUUCAUCGUCGGUACAAUCUCCAAGAGAUGCAGCGUCAUCGGAUAACAGUGGCGUAGCUGCUACCACUUCUGCUUUGGAUAAUUCGAAUGAGACCGGGGUAUCCUUCCACGCAAAAGAACAAAAUGUAUCGUCACAGGGUACAGAUAAAGAAGACACAAAUUUGAACCGGGUCGAUCAGGAACAAGUACGCCAACAAAAAUUUGACAAUGAAAUUCGACAACAAUCUGCCGUCAUCCUGGAAGAAAUUCCCUAUGGAGAAUUCACCCCCGAAGUAUGGAAGAAGGCAUUCUGGGUGUUGGAUAAAUGGAUCCGAACCAGUCGCAUGGCACAAACCCCCGAGAGUGUCGAUCAAUCCUUCCUCUUGCUGGAUCGAUUGGUCAUGGAACAAGAAGUCCAGAAUUUUCAUCCCCUCUCGUGUCAACACCUCAAAACCAAACUACUGCGAGAAAUGGUAUUUAACUGGAACCGCUGUAUACGAAACUUUCAUUCGUUUUCAUUGGAAGAUCAGGCAUUGCUGCGAUUCGAGUACACGCCCAUGGAAUUGCUGGCACGCAUGGAGAGUUACGGCGAACGAAGUCCCAUGAUGCAGCUCGAUACUAAAACGUUGAAUCAACUCAUGGAUGGGGCAUCGUGGUGUUGUGAACCCUCCAGUUCGGGGACGCCGCACAUGAUUUCUCCCCGUGUCGCCACAUCCUUUGUCGAAUCAUUGUUUGAUCGAAUGGAUGCUCCCAAUAAAUGGUCCAAACCACAACAACGUCGUCGUCAUCAGGAUCAGGAUCAGGAUCAGGAUCAUCACCAUCAUCUUGCAGCAACGACGGCCGCAUCCGCAGGGGGCGCCAACAACAAGAGUCCUAAUAAGGAUGUGAGCAACGUGGCCUUUCACAGUGCCAACUAUCACCCGGGCAUGGCCUUUUUCCAAGAUAACACGGACACUGCUCCUUCCAACAACAGCCAUUCUCAUGCGCAUCAGUAUCACCCCAAAUACGUGGCGAUACGGAGAAAUAACUCUCUUCCCCGAACGACGCCCAAUAAGAUUACCUACACGAACGUGAUCCUGCUGUUUGCGAGAAAUGGGCUUGCCGGACGCGCCGAAGCUCAAUUGAACCGACUCUACAAGACGUACAUGGAGCACAAGAGCCCGCUACUCAAGCCGGAUAUUCGGGUCUUUACGGCCGUCCUGCAAGCCUUGCGCAACUGCGAAGAGGGUCUCCCAGCGGCAGAACGUGCCGAAAGCAUUUUGGGUCGGAUGCAUGAGCUGGCCGCUUGUGGACUCAUCCCCGAAGUGGCACCCGACGAAAUUGCCUAUUGCGUCGUCCUGGCGGCAUAUGCCAAACGAGCGGACAGAACCAAAGAUGCGCACAACAAACGUUCCUCCAGCAACAAGAUACGAGACGCAGAAAAGUGUCUGGCGAAGGCCAGGGAACUCUUUACGAGAAUGCAACAGUUGGGAUUUGCUAGUACCAGUGCGUAUAACAUUAUGAUCAAUGCCUUGGGCAAAUCGGGAAGGCCGGAUGAAGCCCAAGCUCUGCUGAAGCAGAUGCAUGAGGAGUAUGCCGGUGGCAACCAAAAAGUCCAGCCUGGCAGUAUUGCCUACAACACUGUCAUUGCAGCGUGGGCUCGAUCGGGGGACUCUACAUGCGGGGAUCGUGCCAUGAAACUGUUGGAAGAUCUCGAGCAGCAAUACCAGGCCGGAACAGUCAAGGAUCCUCCCGACGCGUUCACCUACAACAGUGUCUUGGCUUGUUUGGCGCAAGCUGGCAAAGCCGAACAAGCAGAUGCGUUGUUGCGACACAUGAAACAAACACAAAGAGCCAAUGGCGUCGACAUUUCACCUGACACCAUGACAUACAACACGGUUAUGGAUGCGUAUGGCACCGUGAAAAACCCACAACGUGCCGAAGAAAUCCUCGAGGACAUGUACAAAGAAUUCACAGAGAUGCAGAGCCGAAAACAUGCCUACAUUCGAGUGCGCCCUGAUGUUCAAUCCUUCACCACGGUCUUGACUGCUUGGCACAACUCGGGUCAUCCACAAGCUGCGGAGCGGGCCGAAGCCAUCCUGAAAACCAUGCACAACGUCAACGAUGCCGGGGUGUUGCCUGUGGCGCCAACAAAUCCUGCUUACAACGUUGUAUUGGCUACUUGGAGCAGAACGCAACAGAAGCAGGCCCCCUUUCGAGCGCUGGAUAUUCUCGACACCAUGGAGGAGUUGUUCAGCAAGGGGAGUGCCACCGUGAGGCCGGACGCACUCGCAUACAACAAUGUGAUUCGCUCCUUUGCCAACAACAAUCUUGCAUACCAAGCGGAGCAGAUUCUGGAACGUCAACACGUGCAAUCGACACCAGCUGCUCAAGGCGGCGGGGGUAAUCCUCUUGCAAAACCUGACAAGCAAAUAUACCAGAGAGUAUUGGGAUCCUACAGUCGGUUAAAUAACCAUGAUGCUGCCGAACGCGCCGAGGCGUUGUACAAUCGUUGGCAAAGCAGGUUUGAAAGUGGAAGCGCUGUGUCUCCGCCUGAUGAUGUUAGCGCCAAGAUCGUUUGCACGGCAUGGGCCAACGCGACAAGACAUGAUCAAAGGGCUAAAGGGCGCCUACAAAGAUUUCUCAACCAGGUUAGAGGGACACAACUGCCGGCAACCACGGGCAGGUCAUGUUUGAAUGGUGAAGAUGGCGCCAGCGCUCACGAUGCUGUACUGGAGGCAUUUGUUAGUCUGAAGGACGCCCGUUCUGCCCAUGACUUCUUUUUGAACAUGUGCAAUGACUUUCAGGAGGGCGAAGAAUCCUCGAAACCUGAUCAAGCAAACCUGAACCGUGUGCUGACGCUUUGGCGGAUAUCCAAGAACCAAGAAGCUCCAAAGAUGAUUCUAGAAUUGGUCGACAAGAUCAACGAACUGUCGGCUGCAAAUCAGAUUGACUGGACACCCUCAAUCCAAAGUUACAGAAUCUACUUCAACUGCCUGGAGGACAUGCGAUCUAUGGACGCGGCCAUGAAAGCGCAACUCUUGUUUCUGAAUUUGGAAAGGGCAUCCGAUGACGCCGACAACAGCAGCGCUGUGAGGCUGGAAGCCAGGGACUAUAUCCAGUUGGUGAGGAUAUGGACCAAAGUGGCGGACAACGUGGAGGACAGCAUGGUGCUUGCGGAUGCCGCCUUUGAACGAUUGACCCACCGUUUCACGCCAAGCGCUGCAACCUACGAUCUACUCAUCAAAGGUUGGCAACGGUCCAGUCAUCCUACUGCCGCUGCUCGAUUGGCAGACCUACAAGCUGAAAAGGCCAUAAUUCAUAAAGACUAGCUAAGUAAUGAAGCAGUAAAAAGUUGUGGGGUUAUCUAUCU